GAUAAUCGACUACAUAAUAUAAAUGAUAAAUUUGGUAGUUUGGAAAGACUUAAAAAUAAGAUAAAUGAUGCUGAUGAAAGAAAUCUUGAUAUGGAAAAAAUUACUGAAAAACAGAACAUUCUUCAUACAAUCGAAGAAGCUUUGGAUCGUCUCAAGGAUGAUCGACAAAUAAUAGAGAAGCGAGUCAAUGAUAUGCAUGCUGCAGAAAAAAUGCAUGAAGAUGGGAAUCAUUUGUAUGACGAAUUGAACGCAUUGAUUAAGGAAGGUCAAGAAGUGUUAAAUGAUGCUGAAGCAGUUCCAACGAUAUAUACUACUAUAUUGGAUGCAUUCAUGAGCCCUCUUGAAGCGGCAGCAGAAUUACUUAAGAGAAUGGCGGAAAAUGAAGAAAUGGCUAUGCGUUUAAAAGCAACUGUUAAGGAUGCAAGAACACUUCAAACCAUUUUGUCACAUCAUGCCAAUCUUUGGUUACAGUUUGUUGAUGAACGAGAUAAUGCAACAGAUCAGCUUGAAACAAAACGAAAACCACUUGAUGAAAUUGGAAAUAAGCAUAUUAGAUCCUAUGAACAAGUGGUUGAUGAUCUCGAUAAACUUAAGAAAGCAGCUGAGGAACUGAAUGACUUACGUAAUUUGAUGUCAAAAUUACAAAGUCUUUCUGAACAAUUACACCCACUGGAAACUGCAUAUGCAGAUGUUCGUUUCUAUGAUGUGGAUGUUGAGCAAACACAGCAGCAGUAUGAAAAUCUCAUAUGUUUAAUGAAUAGGGAAUUACAUGAUGAAAAUAUUCUGAAUGAAUCUACUCAACAAUUGGCUCGAGAAUUAGGAUAUCUUAAUAGCAAGCUUUCGAUGGAAUCAGUUGUUCGUGAACAACUUGAGGAGAUACUAAAUCAUCAAUUGCCUCCGUUGCAAGCCCAACUGCAGUUUCUUCAAACAAAAGACGAUGAAGCAAAACGAAUUCGUAUCCAUGUUAAUCGUGUAUCUCAACUGUCAAUUGAAACGUUAGCAGAACAACUGAAUCAUAUUUGCUUGCUUGUAAACGAACAACUGGAGAGUCUUGCAAAAGUAGAAAGGCAAGAAAAGGCAGUAAUUAUUAAGAUGGAAUUAGAAAAGCUGCGUAUCGGACCAUAUGAUGAAGAAGGAUUGGUAAAGGUUGAAGAACAAUUACAGCAGCUUCCUGCAGAAGAUAAGGAUACGCAAAUAUUGGCUGUAGAGGUGCAAAAAUUACGGGCAAAUAAAAUUGAGCGUGAUGCACUUGAAAAAGAAAUAGAAUUGAAAUUAGCCAAAUUACUCAAUCGCAUGAAUGUGAUACGGACAGAUUUGAGCCUAAUCAUGGAAGAAGAAGAAUCGGAAAAACGGAUAACGAAAAAGGAUGAAAAAUUUCCAGCAUUACUUUUAUUAAACGAAAUUGUUGGACAGAUUUAUAAAUUAGAAUCAGCAUUAAAUGAAACAGUUGAUGAAAUUCUGCCACCAAUGAAUGAGCUUAUUUUUCAAUCACAUCUAGGGAGCAUCAAUCUUCCAUCUCUUCAAUCUGAAUUUGAAAAUACACAAAAUUUUGCUGAGAAAUGCAAG